AUCGUUUUCUCUGAAAAAAAAUUGUUCACAAAGUUGAUUUGCAUCAUGAAUGAACCCUACUCUGGUUAUACUCAACUUAUCUCCUACUUGAAUGAGCACACAGAAUGGUCAUACCCUGAAUUUUUAAACCUUCACCGCAAUGUUAUUCUUUCCUCACAACCUUUUUCGAGCGAAUGGCAUGUUCUUGACCUCACUUGGACUCGUAGAUUUCUGAAACAAGCAAAAAGACUAAGAUCAGAUGACUAUGAGGCUAUUGAGAAGCAGGUUAUGUACUCUUCCCUUUUUAUAAUAGGGAGCUCCUGUCUAUUGUUGCCUAGAUUAGGAGUAUUGGCUGUCAUUCCAACCCGAGUGAUAGUGAUGGUAAAAAAUCAAUGUACAAACAAAGGUUUGCAGGUAUACUGGGAAGGAAUAAUCUAUGAGCGGAAAAAGAUGGAAGCAAAGCGAGCACAUGUCAUUGGUAGUAUGAAAGUAUACAGCAAAGUUGCAGUACAUAAUGCUGAAUCAUUAUCCGUUGAAGACUAUUCCAAUACCUUUCCUUUGCAAAGUGGACACCAAAAGAACAAAGCAAUCGACGAAGUGGAUGUAAACUCGUCUCGAAAGAAGGCAUGCAUUUCAAGUCAAGAAACGAUCGCAGAUGCAGAGAACAAUCCAUUUUUAGUAUCCGAAUAUGGCGAGGACGAGCUUACUGAAUAUGCAUGUGCACAAGAGGUAUUAGCCGAAGGUAUAAAGUUACCAACCCCUCAUAAACGAGGGAAUGAAAUUGAAGGAAAUGUUUCACGCAAAAAAAAUGUGAAAAGAGCCCCAAACACGAAGAACCUGAGAGCAACAAAUGAUGGUGAAGAGUCUUUCUCUUCUGAUGUAGAGCUUAAAGAUGAUGAAGAAAUAAAGUUUGAUUUUACGGAUAUUGAAAAGGAGUUGCAACGGAAACCGAUCAAUGAGUGGGUAAUUGAUACCAUCAACGUAUCUCAAAGAUUCAGACAAUAUCAGAUAGAUGUGCUUGAGAAGGCGAAGAUUAACGGAUUAAAAUGGAAUGAUUUUUAUGAAAUAUUGGCAUUGUCUUCAGUAAUUGUAUUCAGCUCGUCUUGCCCUUACCCCGCUCCCAUUUUCACCAAUCGAGAAUGGCAAAAAAUUAUACGUGAAAAUCCGUAUGCUGUAACUGAUCCAGUACUACCAACGGAGGUUUUAUCCUCUUUACGAAAUGCGUCUGUUGAUCGUUUAGAAGGAAAGACCAGUUUUUUAUCUAUAUAUGAUUCCGAAAUUGGUCAGGCUGUUUCUAGAAUUUUCAAUGACAUGUAG